AUGACCUUACCCAACAAGAACGGGGUUGGAAUGACCUUACCUCCCACCAACAAGGAAGGCCAAAGCAAUCCUCUCCUAACCGUGACAGAUGAAGUGGAUGUCGAUUCCUUGAGGAUGGAUCUCGAACAACCCAAAGAGUCACCAACAGAAGGGUUUGCCAUGGCCAGAUCCUCGUCCUUAACCCUUGGCACUGGGGUAUCUACCAUCAUGGAUUCUUUAUCUCCCAAAGAUCUGGCAACAUUGGCAAGCCUGCUCAAGCCACUCCUGAAAAGUCACGAUAAUGAAAGAAAGAGCACCGAUUUGAAACCAUUUCGGACGCACGGGGAGAUAUUUUCGAUCGAAGAUGAGAAUGAAGACAAGGAUAAAGACGAGGCAGAAUGGCACAAUCCCUUUGGAGCAAGCACAUACUCUCUCAUCUAUUUGUGCAGUGUUGAUAGUGUGGCAUUCUGGUAUGCCAUUUUUGUCUAUGUAAUCCAGAUCACUACCAUUCUGCUGACACUGAUUGACAUUGUUGACUGGAGUGGCAAUGGACUCGAUAUGCCACCUAAUGUUGACUUGAUUGUCACAAUUGCUCAAGGUGUCGCCCUUUUCCAGGCCGUAGCUUUCCAAUCAGACCUCCUGGAAGUAGUGGGAAAAUUUAAAGGUGGCUUCCACCCAGAGGUGCUCGAAAGACACCCCGGAGCAACCUACUCUACUUGGCUUCUUUCUUGUAUUGCUCAGCUCAUGGCUGGACUACUCUUACUUUUGACCAUCUACAUCUUGACCAUGCAAGUUGAUAGUGUCUUGGGAAUCAUGCUCAACUUUGCAGCACUGCAUUUCAUGGCAGAUAUCGACAAUGUGGCAUUCGACCUUGCCAAGGCAGGCUUUAUGGGAAACCGGCUUCAGAGUGCUGCCAAUAAUGUUGUCAACUUCCAAGUCCGCAAACCAUCAGGAGAGCAAGGAUUUCUGCAACGUUCUUGGAAGGCGGGGGUCUUCCUUUCGAUUCUUGCAGUUAUGGUGGCUGGAUGGAUUACUAUUGUGGUCUUUCGGACAUCAGGCAAAUACAUGUGCAACACCAUCAUUGUGAAUAUGGGAGAUGAAUUCGUUCCCUCCCUAGGAACCUUCAACGGCCUCUAUGAUUUGGAUUUCUCAACUGGUUCAGGGCUGGAGUGGCGCGCGGAGUAUGCCGAGAGACGCUCUGCAGAGAUUGACACUCCUGGUAGAGGUGUUUUUGGGUACUGCAAUGACAUCAAGGCUUGGACAUUUCGGGUGCAACCAAAGGACAAUCUGGAGGGUUCAGAUCCUUGUGACUGGAUUGCCAGAUCUUCCGAAACAGACACCUAUGAUAUCACAGAGACCGGGAGAAUCCAGUGGUUUGUCCGUGAUGAAACAAAUCGCGAAGUGGUGCUGGAACCACUCAGCGUCUUCUGCUUUGACUGUGCCAAUGAGGAUGCAGAAGGAACUGAUGACUGUGGUGGGAAAGGAUCAUGCAGCAAUGCUGUCUGUGACUGUGAGGAUGGUUGGUAUGGGCUCCGUUGUGAGUUUGUCAGCCCCUGCCCGUGGAUCACCAUUGAUGCUAGAAAAGAAAAGUUUGCCAGUACCAGGGAUUGGGCAAGCAAUUACCAAUUCAUUGAAUUGGGUGACAGCACUCUGGUUGAAGCAUACCAUCGACCAGUGUACAUCCAUGAGUAUGAGAGUGGCGAAUAUGAUGUUGUCAUGUUCACGGGUGGGCGUUGGGCUUUGACUUCUUCUGUUUUCUUAUCCCAUACUGGAAGGAUCCCUUCCGAUGGUCUUUCUGAAGGCCAGGAUGAUGUUGGCGAUGACAUUGGAAACUUCUUCAAGUACUCCUUUCAUGGAUUCAAGGGGUUCUCCACCAACUUUUCUGUUGCUUUUCUCAGUGACUACAUGGAGAUUGGGACAGAGCGUGACUCUAGUUCUCCUGUUGGCUUAUCUUGGUAUGACAUAGCCAAAGAGGCUACAGCUGAAGAUGAGAACCAGGGAACGGGCAGCUUGGUUGAUGCAGAGUUUCUCUGCCACGUUUGUGAUUCAGAUUCAAACCCAUGUCUGUAUGAUGGAAAGUGCAAUAAUGGGACAUGUGAAUGCAAUCUUGACUCGUUUGGGAGUCUUUGUGAAGACCCUCCAGGUAUGCACAUGCACAUGGAUCAUCCAAGAAUUGUUUUGCUCAGUUCAUCCUCAUACAAAUAUCUUUUGUCUUCCAUGCAUGCAGUCAACAAUGGUCACUGUGACCCCUUUUUCAACACACCCAAGUUCAAUUUGGAUGGCGGGGAUUGCUGUGAAUCUACGUGUGUGAGCACAUCCCAAUAUGUUUGUGGAGCUGAAGAAGAUGGCUAUGUCAGCACUGGGUACUUUUACUGUGAGCAACCAAAAGGCGAGUGGCAGCAGGACAGUGAGUUCAAUGGAGACACAGGCGCCUCUUCUGGGUUUGCAAUGGAUCUUUCAAGGGGGGCAAUGGCUGUUACUGUUACAGCACUCAGCGUGAGUAUAUACGACAAAGUUGGAUCCUCCUGGGUGCUCAGAGACACCCUUAUUGGACCUGCUACAUCUGAUGUGUUUGGGUGGAAUGUAGCCCUCUCUUCUGGGCUGUUUCAUGUUGCCAGCAAUCCAAGCUUCAGACCACCCCUCACUGUUGUUGUUCAGGACUUCAUUGAAACAAUUUAUAUCUACAAGUGCUUUCUUAGUGGCUGCACUCAAACCCAACAGAUUCCAUUGGUCUCUGCCUUUGAUCUGUCGGAUGAUGGGACUGUUCUCGCAACGUCUUUGCGUGCUGCUGCUAAUCAGGCACCCAAAGUGAUUCAAGUCUAUGAGGCCCAAGAGAGAAUAUUUGAGUUCCGUGCAAAUGUAACUAUUGCAAGAAAUGGUAACCUGGAUGAUGUCUAUUCCUUGUCCUUGAGUGAAGAUGGCAGCAAACUGGCUGUACAGUCACAGGCGUCAGUGUUUGACUCUAAGACCAACUCUGGUUUGGUAACAGAUGAGUACAUUGUUCUCAUGGCCUGGGAUGAGUUGACUGGUGAAUAUGUUCAGGAGAUUGAGUUUCGGUUUGAGUCUGAUGAGAAAACCAUGGACCACCCCUUGUCAUUGGCGUUGAACCAAGAUGGCACUGUUCUUGCAUAUGGCUUCCCGAAGUGUCAAGGCACUCAGCUUCAUAUUUUUAAUCAUAAUGAUGCGGGUGUUUGGGUACCACAGAGGACUCCAGAGAUGAACAACACUGGCUGCAUUGAAAGUUCCCUUCCCAUUAGCAACAAUGCCUUGGCAGUAUCUGGUGAUGGAUCCAUGAUUGCGUUUAGGGUGGGUGACAAGGUCAGAGUUUACAGCUGGGAAGCUGAAUUUUGGCAUGCUCUAGGAGAUGAGUUCCCAUUCUCGCAGUAUGCAGUUGCAAUGUCUCCUGAUGGCACUGAAAUUGCGAUUGGCUCCCCUGGGGAAGGCAUCGGUGGAGUCACAUCGGUCUACUUGCUGCCAGGAAGAAAGGAGUGCCCCACUGGCAUGUCACUCCUGCGCCUUUCACUGACCCUUGGUUCUACACCUAACCUGUUGGGGUGGAACCUUGUGAACAACAGCACUGGGGAGAUCCUGUUUGAGCAAAACUCAAACCCACGAGAAUACCCAGACGGGUAUAAUUAUGCAACAAUUGUGGAGGAGACUUGUGUUCCAGCUGAUUCUUGCUAUGUCUUCACAAUUCACAGCAUGUUCGGUCGCGGCUUGUCCGCCCCUGGACAGUAUGCAAUUUUUAUGGAUGGAGAGAACGUUUCUCAGGGAACCUUUAAUGGUCUUUUUGCAAGAGAGCAGUUUGGAAGCUGUGCCUCUUGCCCCACUGGUACAGAGCGGUUUGGCAUGAUGAUGUUGACUUGUGGACCCAUGGAGUUGGUGUUGUUGAAGUUGAUUGAUCAAGGAGAAAAUGGUGUUGUUCUCCAUUCAGAUGAUACAUUUGACGGGAAUUAUGAUGAUACUGUUUACGAGACCUGCGGUGAACAUUUUCCACUCUUCCACUGUACAGAGUAUAUACCAGUUUCUCAUGGUGCAUGCCUGGACCCCACCGAGUGUUAUGGGGUGCAUGUCCGUUCCCCAAGAAAGUACACUGCAGACCUUGAGCUGGUGUUUGGGGAGCAGCGAGUCAAUGCAGACUACGAGGAAGUGUGCGAUGGGCAGACAUUUUUUGUGGGCAACAAGGACAAGUGCAACCAAAAAGCCGACUGGCAGAACCAACAGGCACCAGGUCAGAAUGUAUCCCAGACACCCUAG